AAUCGUUUCACCGAGACGAGUCAAUGAGUCAUUCGUCAAACACAUUUCCACCGUCAUCUCUGUCUCCUUCAGAUCUAAUCCUACGCCGGAGUUCAUCAUGCCGCCGGAAAAUUUCUUCUCGGUUUACUACAGCACAGUCUUUGUCUUCCUUCUUCUCUCUCCGGCAUUGGCCUCCGAGUCAGAUCACAAGUAUCAAGUUGGUGAGCAGGUUACUCUGUGGACAAGAACAGUUGGUCCAUAUAAUAAUCCAAAAGAAACAUAUAACUAUUAUAGUCUUCCUUUUUGCAAUCGAGCUGAAAACUACAUUGAAACGAAUGCAAUUGGCGAGGUUCUUGGUGGAGUUGAGAUCAUGCACAGCCUGAUAGGGAUAGCGUUCUUGAAAAAUGUUGACAAAAGCUUGAUAUGUCAAUUAAAACUUGAUGAAGAUAAGGUCAAGCAAUUCAAAGAUGCAAUCGAAAAUAGAUACUGGUUUGAAUUAUAUAUAGAUGAUCUGCCUAUGUGGGGCUUUAUAGUCUCAAUGAUAAUAGUGAAGACUCUCAGAAAUGACAAUAGGAAGUAUGCUCAUCAAGAAGAAGACGGUGUCAUGGAGAGGUUGGUGGUGAUGUCUCCACAUCAACCUCACGGACCACCACGUGUUCUGGUUCUUAUCUCGGCUGCUGUUGGUACAGGUGCACAGUUGGUUUUCCUUCUUCUUCUUGUUAUGUUAGUAACAAUCGUUGGGACACUUUAUCUUGGGUAUGUAUUACACUUUUCUUACGAUGAGCUUCUCAUGGAAUAAGAGUUCGGGUUUUGUCUGAGAAUGUCAUUCUUGCAGUGUGAACCUCUUGUUCUGGUUUAACCUAAAAGUUAAAUGUAUCGAUAUAAGAUGACGUGUGAGAAAAGAAACAAGUAAUACAAGAUUUGGGGAUUUUAUACUCAACGAACAAAAACAAGAUCUGGAGAGAUGGAUGAAGUGUGGUUCCAUUUAGGAUUCUUUCAAUGAAAACAAAAGGAACCAUUUCACAUAAAUAGAUGAAUUUAUGCUACGAAUUAUAAAAUAUCUAGUUUCUUUUGAAAUUAAAAUAUAUAAAUAACCUAUGCAUGUGGCCAUGUGUAUGUGUUGUGUGAUCUUUUCGUCAAAGCGUUGACAUUUUGAGUUGUUUCGUUAAAGUUCUAAAGAAAGACAGAGAGAAACACAGUCUCCGACAUGCCGUCUUCCUCCACCGUCAAACUACUCCUCUCGAUUUACUCCUCCGCCGUCUACGUCUGCCUUCUCCUCUCUCCAGCUUUGGCCUUCGAGUUAGAUCACAAGUAUCGUGCUGAUGAGCAAGUUACCAUAUGGGCGAACAAAAUUGGACCAUGUUAUGAUGGGUUCCAUAGUAACCCACAAGAAAGAUAUGACUAUUAUAGCCUUCCGUUUUGCCGACCAUCUAAGAACAGUAGUGUUCACAAAUGGGGUGGUCUUGGUUGGAUUUUUGGUGAAAAUGAGCUUGUCAACAGCCAGAUCAACAUCAAGUUCUUGAGAAAUGUUCAUAGAAGCGUGAUCUGUCGACUGAAACUCGAUAAAGCUAAAGUCAAGCAUUUCAAAAACGCCAUAGAAAAUGAGUUCUGGUUUGAGUUCUUCAUGGAUGAUCUUCCAUUGUGGGGCGUUGUGGGAGACGUGCCUAGUGAGUACACCGGCAAUAAGCAUAUCCUUUACACCCAUAAGAAAAUAGUUGUCGAAUACAACAAUGACCAGAUUAUUCAUGUGAAGCUCUUUCUAUCAUUGCCAAGGCCAUUAGAAGUAGGGAGGACGGUGGCCUUUACGUAUUCUGUCAGAUGGAUCCCAACCAAUGUCACAUUCGAUCAUCGUUUUGAUGUAUAUUCUAUAUAUCUAACUGGAAAAUUGAUAAAUAGUAGAAAUUAAAAAGAAACAAAUGAAGAUGAACAAACUAAUAAGAAUGAAUAGGAAUGAAAUCUUCCAAAAAUUUGUAUCUAAAGAUGC